ACACAUCCGUCAACGCGUUCCUAUUCAGUCUAUUGUACGUCCAAUCACCUCCCAUCUGUUUCACAGAUGGAAAUGACAGUACAUACGGGACAUUCUACUAAUAGUUAUCAGUGAAUUGUACACUCCUUUUUCUUUUCAUGUCGUUUUACGGGAACGUCGAGUUAGCCUGUCCGGACACGAUUUUCGACCUCCGAGACGCGUACAACGCAGACAGCCACCCGUACAAAGUCAACCUUGGAAUCGGCGCUUACAGAGAUAGUGAAGGCAAGCCGUGGGUUCUACCCGUCGUACGUCAAGUAGAGGCGUCGCUAGCCGGCGAUCUAACGCUGAAUCACGAGUAUUUACCCAUCGAUGGCUUGAGGAGCUUCACGGAUGCAGCUUUGAGGCUUCUUCUCGGCUCAAACAGCACAUCAAUCGUGGAAGGAAGGGCGUGUGCCGUGCAGUCGUUGUCGGGAACGGGAGGAUUGCGAUUGGCUGCCGAAUUCCUAUUGAAGUUUCACGACGUUCGGACGGUGUACGUGUCGAGACCGACCUGGCAGAAUCAUCAUCAUAUCUUUAAAUCAGCUGGUUUUAGAGAUAUUAGAGAAUACCGCUAUUACUCAAAAUUGACAAAAGGACUCGACUUUGCUGGAUUACUAGAUGAUCUAAAGAAUGCGCCUAGAGGUUCUAUUGUAAUUCUCCACGCAUGUGCUCACAAUCCCACUGGCGUUGACCCAUCACACGAGCAGUGGGAGGAGAUACGGACAGUGUGUGAACAACAAGGCUUGUGUGCUCUCUUUGACUGUGCUUAUCAAGGAUUUACCACAGGAGAUGUCGAUAGAGAUGCAUGGGCUGUAAGGCAUUUUGCAGGCAAUGGAUUGCCAGUUUUAUGUUCGAUGUCGUUUUCAAAGAAUUUUGGGCUUUACAAUGAACGUGCCGGCGUUUUAGCUCUAAUUACUGGCAGCCCUCAGGAAGAGACUUCCGUUCGUAGUCAACUAAAGCAGCUCAUACGUGGCACGAUGUCCAAUCCACCAAGUCAUGGAGCUCGUAUCGUAGCUACCGUACUGAACAAUCCGGCAUUGUUCGACGAGUGGAAAGGCAACAUACAGACAAUGUCGACACGAAUCGCUGAGAUGAGACGACUACUGUACGAGAAGUUGCUGGCACUGGGAACGCCAGGAAAUUGGAUUCACAUCUUGGAUCAUAUAGGCAUGUUCACGUUCUCGGGACUAGAACCUAAUCAAGUUGAGCACAUGAAAACACACCAUCACAUCUAUCUAUUAGCCAAUGGACGCAUCAACAUGAGCGCCAUUACUCCACAGAAUGCAGACUAUGUUGCAAAGGCCAUCAAUGAGACAGUAACCAAGAUACCGUUUGAAGACUCGAUUGCAGCAUAGGCUGUUACCGUGGGAGUGCUGUGAUAGAUUGUGCAUAUACAUUGUACAAUGAUCUGUUUUCAUGUAACUCGAUAGACUAUUAGAAACUGUUCAAACAAGACAUCUAUUUCCGUGGACAGCUACAGUGAUAUUUUAGUUUGCUCUUUUGCACAGAAUUUGUUGGUUAUUAUUUAAUUAUUGUCACACUCGACUCUAACUGUCUUUGCACUCUCUCGUGAUCAACUCUGAUGGGUUGAGAGUUGAUCAUAUUUAUA